GUUCACGGUGGUAUUUGCGUUUUCGCGGUGCAAUAUUUCCGAAGGAAUGUGGAGUCCAGGAAAAGCCACAAUCGGUUCAUCGAACUGCACAGCCGUACCCUAGACUGAGACACUCCAAUAGAAACCGCUUUUUCGCUUUCGUCGAAAAAUCAAAUCUGCUGCGUAGCCACACCGGUGUAACUCUGGGUAGAACACAUACAUUUUCUCGUCUGUGUUUCAGCAACCUAAUUGAUACGUAGAUUUGAGUGAUUCCUCGCACACCGCCCUUGUCACCGAAAAAGUUGGUGCCAUUUCCAAUUUUCUAAAUCGUACACCAAUGUCUCUGCUCGAAAACAAUGAGUGACGAGCCAGAGAGCCACGCGGUGAACGACGUGGAAGACGAGGACGGAGAAGGGGAAACGGACGGGUUCGGAGAAACGCGGGGAAGUGAUGCCUUCAACGGCAGGGAGGCAAAGGGAAAGGGUGUUUUUGGCGAGGAGUCGUCUGAGAAGGAAUCGGGUGGCUAUGUACGAAAUCCCGACCUUGUCAGUGACAGAGAACGUCGAGGUUCUGCCUACGAAAGAGACUGGCGCGAGUCGGAAAUGCCUGCCUUUCUUGGAGAUGUUAGUCGAGAAGGAACUGCAGUCGCCAGUUCACGCACAAGUUCACCAGAAUGUGAGCAGAAUUCCACAAAUGCUCGAAGGUCUUCCGACAGCUACUCUGCGCUCGGCAUGGGAGCCGAUUGCGCCAAGGACGCGAGCGGGCGUGAAACGGCGGGCCAAGACGAAACGGAGGAAAACACCCGAAACGGGAGCCGUUCAUACGAACAGGGAGAAAACAUGCAUACCCGAGGAGAUGCGGCGGAUGAAGAGCACGCACAGAGCGCGGUUGCAGAUCGAAGAAACCGCGUUAUGACAGCAGGGACCGGCGAAGAGCGAACCGUAGCGGGAACUCCCCUUUUUUCACGAACAGACGGACGGCCAUGCUCGCAGAAAGUGAACUCUUCGUCGACAGAGGAGAAGGCAACUCGUUCUCCUGACUCGAAAGCUCCGCCAGAGUCAGAUUUAUCCGACGUUCUGUCUGGUGGCAGUCCGUUGGGAGAGGACUUCGACGCAAGUCGACGGGCUUUUCUCACCGAAAAAAGGGAACUCCGUGUGGAUGACCUUGGUAGACCGGAUUCUCGUCGGGCUUUGUUCGAAACUUUGAAGAACGGCCCGAAAAUUCGCGACGAAGUCGAACGAAUUCACGGCCUGCUCGAGUCGCUCGACCAGAGAGUCGACAAACUGAUGGGGGACCACGAGAGGGAUUUCCUUCUCGCGUACCGAACGCACAUGUACACGAUUCAGAAGCAGAUGGACUACUUCAAGGAGAAAGCGGACGAAGAGCAAACGAAACUGCUGCGAGAUGUAAAAAUCCGGACGCUGGAAAAGGAGCUGAACUGGUUUAUGUCUGAGGCGCUGAGACUCGAUGAGCUCUGCAAACAAUAUCAAAAGGACCUUAACAAAUGGCGCGACAGAGCAGACGCACUGUCGGAGGAUCGAACGUUCCUCGAAAAACAAGUCAAAUCCUGCAAAAGACAGAUCAGGGCUCUGCAGGCUCGUCUCGAGGAACUCGACAGCAAGCAACAGGAGGCAGCUGACGGAAGUACCGGGGGCGGACAGCUCUCAGGUCGAGAAACUUUUGCUGAAGUAAGAGAAGGACGGAAAGAAGCCGCAGUUCUUGCGCUAGCGAAUGAUCUCGAGCAAUCGAAAGUCGACCCUGCAGUACUCAGCUCCUGCUAUUACUCUUUUUUGCGCAUUCGACUGGUGUAG